AUGGAGCCUCAAAAUAAGGACCAGGUGCUGCUCCAGAACGCGGAGGACCCUGGGUGCCCCCCUCUGGGCCCCUCCCAACUUGAGGACUCCCCAUCCAGCCACCCCCAGCCUCUGUCUCCCCAGCGAAGCCCCCCCCUCUCCUACUCUCCUUGCUCCCCGGGCACCCCACGGUCCCACUCUCCUGGCUCCCAUUUCUACUCUUCUGACUCAAAUUCUGACUUUAUCCUACACCCUCACUCUUCCUCUCUCCCAAGUUCCCCCAGCUUCUUUCAUCAGAAUUACACCUCUCUCUCCCUCCCACCCUCUUCCUCUCCCUCCCCUGGGCUGUGCCCCUCCCCGGCUCACACCCAUUCCUCCUCUCCCUCUCAGCCCCAGAACACCCCUCUCCCCCACACUCAGUGUCAGCCUCCCUCCCCCCCAGGAGACUGCCCUAACUCCACUGUCACUUCCCCAUCCCCCAGCCUACCUUCUGGUGGUGUCCACUCAAAUAGGCAGGCGUGGCCCCAGGAUCAGUACGGGGACACCAGGUCCCCUGGGCUGGUGGGGGAAUGCGUGGCAAGCGAGAAGGACCCUGCGGAGUUCAGGGACCCAGGAGCCCUGGCCCAGGCCCUGGUGGCCCAUCUGGGGCACCGCCGCAUUGCUCGCGACCUGCAGCUACUCCUUUUGCAGCGUAUGUGGCUGGGCAGACCUGGCCCGGCCCCCGUUGUAGAAUAUCCCGUAUGCCUGGUGUGCCUCAAGCCCCGCAGCCCCUCUUGCCCCAUCCCCAGGUACAGGACUGGUCCCCGGCUGCUUGCCUUCCCCCAGCUACUGCCCUGUGCACAAGGCCAGGAAUCCGGACCACUCCGCAUAGGCAUUGGUUUUGGCCUCCGCCUGCCUCGGGGCCAGGCCAGGGCCUUGCACCUGUUGCCCGAAAGAAGGCCAGAGGCAGCAGGGCCUCAGGGCAAGGCUGCUCAGGCCCAUGGACAUCAAAUCCAGGCGUCCCCGGCUCCGGCAGCUCAAGCACCAGUGGCUCAGGAGCAGGCAGGUCCAGCCCAGGGCACAGCCUCCCAGACCGCCAGCCUCAGAUCUGCAGGCCUCCAAUCACCAAACUCUACGUGCUUUUCGGAGCCUCAGCCUCAGGCACCCAAACAGGCCACCGUCUGCCUGAAACCCACGCCUUCCUCUGCACCCAAGAGGCCAGUCUCUCCAGAACCCAUUCUCCAAAAGUCACCAGCCUAG